CACCAUAGUCUGAUUCCAAAAGCAAAGGAUGUUAUGACAGAGAAUACAAAAUUUUUAAAGUUGAUUUAAUAUGCAAAUGGCAGUUAGAGCAUCCCAACAACAAGAAAUUAAUUGACAUAUGGGCAAAUUAGAAAAAAGAUUAGGCUCUGGCCCCUUUUAACGGUCAAGUAGCAGCUGGAUCCACAUUGGCUUAAAAGCAAGUGAGCUGUAAAUUGGACGGCAAAUGCCGGUUUUUGUGGCUUUGGAUGUUUCUUUUAUAAUACCUGCAUUCCUCCUUGCUCUCAAAAAUCAUUCUUCAUUUUACAUCCUCCCAUGGCCGCCGCACCACAAGAAAAACCAAUCCACGCCAAAGAAACCUGGCCAUUAAGAAACGACGGAAACGAAGACUACUCCCAAGAUUUCGAAGACCCGGAUUCGUCCUUCGGCUGCGGUUGUUUCCAGGGGCUUUUCCGGUGGCGGUUCCGGCUCGAAGGGCAGGGGUACUUGCUGCAACAAGAAGAGGCAAAAGAAAGCUGGUUGAAGAGGAAAGCCAAGGAACUGAAAGAGGUAUCGGAGGUAUUGGCAGGGCCCAAGUGGAAGAAUUUCAUACGAAGGUUCAGCGUUUAUGGAGCCAACAAAAAAAGGAGGUCGACGAUGAAGAUGCAGUAUGAUAUUCAGAGCUAUGAACUCAAUUUCGAUGAAGGGAUCCAUAGAGAAGCUGAUGCUGCUUUCCUUGAUUUCUCUGCUAGAUUUGCAGCUCCAUGUGGGAUCAACAAAGGGUAGAGAGAGAGAGAGGUUGGGGGCUUAAAUUUAAUAUAAUUUUUUUGAGGGGGUCCAAAAGAAAUUUUACCAUUACAUUGGUUUAUAAGUUUAUUUGCCCUGAAUUGUUGAGUAAGACCAUUCUUUUUGUACAUUGUUCAUAAUCGUCAUAUGUGUUUACAGUGUCUUCAUAUACGGCCAAUGAUAAAUGUUAAUGAAAAUCGGUUUGUUUUGGUGUAGUUA